GUUAAAAGGAUGCCUAAGUCAUCCUUUGAUUCCCCACUUUUAACAAACUUCCGAAUCAAAAAAAAAUUCUGUUACUCUAUCUCUUUCCUUUUUCUCUCAUUCCCCUACACGGAAAGAAUUAUGAUGCACAAAGCCACAAACUUUAUUCGAUGCCUUCAAUCUGUUCGACGAUAUGUCUGAACCAAUAAAAAAUCUUUUCAAUGGCCUCCGCCAUUGAAAACCCAUGUCCAACCUCGCAAGAAAACUCAACGGAUGAACGACUAAUCAAUUCGGGUCGCAUUCAGAAAGAAAAACAAAAAUGGGCUUCUUCACCGGUCUCUUUUUCGGUGUUGCAUUUGGCCUUGGUUUCAUAGUCUGCAUUGCUCGUUUCCAGAUCAUUCGAUCUGCUCGUCGUGCUGAUCUGGCUGGAACCAUAGCUGCAUUUGCAAAGAUGACUGUUGCGGAUUCCAGAAAGCUUCUUCCAGGAGAGUAUUACCCUCCUUGGGUUGUUUUUGCAAGGAGACAGAAGCUGAAUUGGCUUAAUCUCAUAAUGAACAAGAUUUGGCCAUAUGUUGAUGAGGCAGCGUCCGAUCUAAUAAGAAGCUCUGUGGAGCCGAUACUUGAGCAAUAUAAACCAAUCAUUUUGUCUUCUUUAAAAUUUUCAAAGUUAACCCUUGGUACUGUGGCUCCACAAUUUACAGGAGUUUGUGUGGAAGAAGGUGAGCUUGGAGAAAUUACCAUGGAAAUGGAGGUGCAAUGGGAUGGAAACCCUAAUGUAAUUCUUGAUAUUGUCACCAGAGUUGGUGUGGCUUUACCCAUACAGGUGAAGAAUAUUGCUUUCACAGGCCUUUUCAGACUCAUUUUUAAACCAUUAGUUGACGAGUUUCCUUGUUUUGGAGCAGUUUUAUUUUCCUUGAGAGAAAAGAAACAACUAGAUUUCACACUUAAAGUUAUUGGUGGAGAUUUAUCAGCACUUCCUGGGGUAUCUGAUGCCAUAGAGGAAACAAUCAAAGAUGCUAUCGAAGACUCUGUCACGUGGCCAGUUCGAAUAGUUAUACCAAUAUUAGCAGGCGACUAUAGUGACUUGGAGUUGAAGCCAUGUGGAAUACUAGAAGUAAAGCUGAUAGAAGCGAAAGAAUUAACGAACAAGGACAUUAUCGGAAAAUCAGAUCCUUACGCCACUCUAUUCGUACGUCCACUUCGUGCAAAAAUGAAAAACAGCAAGACAAUUAAUAACCAAUUAAACCCUAUUUGGAAUGAGCAUUUUGAGUUCACUGUUGAAGAUCCGAAUACUCAGCAUUUUACAAUAAGAGUGUUCGAUGAUGAAGGAGUCCAAGCUUCCGAGUUAAUUGGGUGUGCGCAAGUCCCCAUUAAAGACCUUGAGCCUGGGAAAGUCAAAGAUAUAUGGAUCAAAUUGGUCAAAGAUUUGGAGAUUCAAAGAGAUAAUAAAAAGAGGGGUCAGGUGCAUUUGGAGCUGUUAUAUUGUCCUUUUGGAACAGAUGCGGGAUUUCAAAGUGCAUAUAACCCUGAUUUCAGAUUAACAGAUUUAGAGAAAGCACUCAAGUCAGGGAUUAGUGAUCCAGACGUUGAUCCAGCAAAACUUGCUGCACAAAAGAAGAAAGAAGUGAUUGUGAGAGGAGUUCUUUCUGUAACAGUAAUGUCCGCUCAAGAUCUUCCAGCCGUUGAUCUUAUGGGAAAAAGCGAUCCUUAUGUUGUACUUUUAAUGAAAAAAACAGAACAGAAAUUAAAAACCAGGGUUAUAAAUAACACUUUGAAUCCUGUAUGGAAUCAGACAUUUGACUUUGUUGUGGAAGAUGGAUUACGUGAUUUGCUAAUGUGUGAAGUGUGGGAUCAUGAUACUUUUGGAAAGGAUAAAAUGGGCAAAUGCAUCAUGACACUUACGAGGGUGAUAUUAGAAGGUGAAUAUACCGAAACAUUUGACUUAGAGGGAUCUAAAGCGGGAAAGCUGACUUUGCAUCUAAAGUGGACCCCACAAACGAUUAUUCGUGAUCCUUGAUAAAUCAAAACUCAAUUGUUGGUCAUUUGCAUCAUGAUCAAUAGAGCUUAAAGGCUUUGUGCAAUGAACUCACACGCAAAAACCUUAUGGGUUCAACUUUAUAGAAGAGUACACAAAUAAGAAGAAAAUGACCAUAUUAACAAGUCUUUUGCAGGGUU